AUGGGGCCCACAGAUGAGACCCAGCAGGCCGAGCGAGACUGGCCCCGAGUCCGGCCGGGCACCGGCGCAGCCCGACCCGGUGGCUCCCGCCAGGCCCGAGGUGAGAAACGCCGCUGGCUCCUCACCUGCGCCAGAUGCGGCCUGCCAAGGUCAGCCAGCGGCUGGGCCGCGUCCUGCCCGUCCACCCUCCCCAGGGCGGCCGUACUUCAGACCGUCCGGGCAGAGUCAGUCCCCCGGACCCGGAGGAGAUGCGUCUCGGAGCGUGGCUCCAUCCCGGACCGAGGCUGGGCCUCCAAGUCCUUCCGCCUUAGUUCAGACCGGCUGGCUAUGCAGCCGUGCCAGGCCAAGGCAGGCUGGGCCUCACCCGGCGCGGGGCCGGUUCCCCUGGCAACAGCGCGGGCUACGGCGCCCCACAGUGGCCAAACCGCGCUGCGUCACUUCGCUGGGGUAUCCUCGCUCUGGGCGGAGUUUGCCAGUUGUGACACUGGUUUUGGCAAGGAGACAGCUAAGAAACUGGAUGCCAUGGGCUUCAUGGUGCUGGCCACUGUGUUGGAUUUGAAUAGCCCUGGUGCUCAAGAACUGCGUGCCUGCUGUUCCCCUCGCUUAAAGCUGCUGGAGAUGGACCUGACCAAGCCAGAGGACAUCAGGCGUGUGCUGGAGUUCACCAAGGCUCACACCACAGGCACUGGCCUAUGGGGUCUGGUUAACAAUGCUGGCCUCAACAGUGUAGUGGCCGAUGUGGAGCUGUCUCCUGUGGCAACUUUCCGAAACUGCAUGGAAGUGAACUUCUUUGGUGCACUUGAACUGACUAAGGGUCUCCUGCCACUCCUUCGACACUCAAGGGGACGUAUUGUGACAGUUGGCAGCCCUGCAGGAGACAUGCCGUAUCCCUGCUUGGCAGCCUAUGGAACCUCCAAGGCAGCUGUAGCACUACUUAUGGACACAUUUGGCUGUGAAUUGCUUCCCUGGGGUAUCAAGGUCAGCGUUAUCCAGCCUGGCUGCUUCAAGACAGAGUCAGUGACCAAUGUGAACCUCUGGGAGAAGCGCAAGCAACUGCUGCUGGCCAACCUGCCUGUAGAGCUGCUGCAGGCCUACGGUGAAGACUACAUUGAGCACUUGCAUGGGCAAUUUCUGCAUUCACUCAGAAUGGCAGUGCCUGACCUCAGCCCGGUUGUAGAUGCCAUCAUUGAUGCACUGCUGGCAGCUCGGCCACGUCGCCGUUAUUACCCAGGCCGUGGCCUGGUACUCAUGUAUUUCAUCCACUACUACCUGCCAGAGGGCCUGCGGCGCCGCUUCCUGCAAAACUUCUUCAUCAGACACUGUCUACCCCGAGCACUGAGGUCUGGCCAACCUGGCCCUGCUCCUGCUCAGGACACACCCCAGGACCCAAACCCUUCCCUAGUGGCGGCUAGGUGAGCCACAAAUGGCCUGACUAAGUGCUCCAGCAGAGAGGCUCCAUGAGCCCUUGGCCCUCGUUCCUAGCCAUUAUAAACCUCUCAAGCUCACCCUAAAACAGCAGUUUUUAACCUGUGAGUCGUGACCUCUUUGACCAAUCUCUAUCCAAAAAUAUUUACAUUAUAAUUCAUAACAGUAGCAAAAUUACAGUUAUGAAGUAGUAACAAAAAUAAUUUAUGACUGGAGAUCACCAUAUCAUGAGCAACUGUAUUGAAGGGGUCACAGCAUUAGGUGGGUUGAGAUCUAUUGCCCUAGGGUCUGUGUUAAGAAAAGCUCAGACUCCACUGCUGAUGCCUAGUCCAGGCCUGGGAGGCUGAAGUUUGCUAGGGAACCUUUGGACCUCUCUGCUGCUCCAUGAAUUCACACAAACCCUACCAGGCACAAUGUUCCACACUGCAACUUGGAGAACCCAGCUUGAUGGAGAGUUUUGUGUAAGAUUAUCUGUAGCCUUUGAUCGGACUCAGUCCGAUCAAACUUAAUAGUGAUUAGGCAGGUGGGCACCUCCUCAUGAUUGUCUUGGCACCAAUGCUUUAGUGCUGCAAGUCCAGAGUAAAUCCCAACUGCCUCUUGACUGGCUCAAGAAUCAGGUCCUCAACUACCUGCUCCCAAACCACAGGGAAGCUGCAUAUUGUAUUUGCCGGCUGUUGGCAUUUGAAAAUAAAGACACAUUUUUA